AUGGGCAAAUUCUCCUUGACUGGUAUUCAUGAAAUAGCUUCACCAAAAGAAGGAACUGCAUUUUCAACGCGGGGGGAAACUCACACAGAGAGUACUUCGUCGGAUGGUAGAGCCUCUAUUGUGGGGGCUCCCAACCCUUCGCUAUACUUGCCGUCACAUUCAGUACCUCCAGCGCGGUUAUCGUUAGAUACUCUCGGUCGAUCCAACUUCUGUUCUCGGCCCCAACAUGAGGAGUCUCCAGCCCGACAUGAUAAAUGGGGGGUUGACAUGGAAAUGGACAUGAGUGGCAAUGGGGAGAUGAACCUUGAGUUUGACCCUUCGUUAUUCGAUCAGUCUAUGCUUUCCACCAUUAAUUGGCUACCCAACGAAUUCUUUACAAAUGCAUCUCAUGAACCCCCCCAGCUACCCGGUGUUCCUUCGCAACAAGCUCAACCUAAGAUCUCAGAUUCCUAUGCAACCCGCAUGUCAUGGCACCCACCCGUCAUCCACACCGGUCAAGUGAGUCCUUCAAUGGCGGAAAAUCUCUCUCAUACUCCCUCUGGGCAUAUUUCGCUGGGAACAGACAUGGGAAGCUCCAGACGGUAUUCGCAUGUCGGCAGCGAGGCAUCUCCACACCCCGAAUCAGUAGAUUCCACAAAGCGAUCAUCCGAUUAUUAUGUCGAUGGUGGUGGUGCUCGUCUUCCUAGAUACAGGAAAAAACAAGCUUCAUGGACCACGUCUGCAGUUGAUGCAGCUAUUUUGUCUGGGCAAUCAGUCACUGAAAAUAGCAUGCGGCGGCAUGGAUUCCCCUGUAUUCAUGAGAUAAACCUCGACAAUAUUUCAGAAGCGGCCCGUUCAGUGCGGACAAUCGAUACAAACACCCAUCACGAGCUAUAUCGCAACUUCCUACUACUUUGUCGCACAGACAAUCCAUUUUUCGGAAUGUUUGAAUCUGACAGUUUUCCCACCGCAGAAGACUGCAGUCGAUAUCUUGCAUGCUACUUUGAUUCAAUGCACGACGUUUACCCCAUAAUGCAUCUCCCUACCUUUGACCCAAACCGGUGUCAUUGGUUGUUGGUAUUAGCCAUCGUGGCAAUCGGUUCUCAUACUUCAGGUAUCCAAGAGGUAGACCAGUGUAGAGAUGCCUUUCACGAGAUGAUACGACGGGCUAUAUAUGUUGAGAAAGAGAAAGCUCCUAAUGGCCAGGUCUCCCUUGAUUCUAUGCAAGCUAUGUUACUAAAUUGCAUCGGUUUCCUUUAUAGUGGCAACGAGCAAGAUAAGCUAUCGGCUUUGACCUUGUUCAAAGAUCUUGUGACGUUUGCCAGCUAUGAAAAGCUGCUUUCCCCAUCGCGGAUGGAAAUAACCAGGAAUACAAAUGAAGCCAUGUGGAUGAAAUGGGCGCAAGAUGAAUCUCGGCGACGAACUGGCUACUGUAUCUGGCUCCUGGACUGCACGCUCGCAUAUUGCUUCGAAGACCGACCGUUUUUGUCCCUUGACGAUGGGCAAGCUGCAUUACCUGCUCAUGAGAAACUCUGGCAGACUGGCUCUGCCGAAGAGUGGAAACAGCUGUGGGAUAAUUCAAGCGUGAACGAGUCAUUAUAUGAUACAGUGCACAUCUUAUAUAUAGAAAAGAGGCUUGUUUCAGGGAUCGGGGAAUUCAGCCAUAUUCUACUCAUCCACGCCCUCUACCACCGCAUGUGGGAAGUUGGCGAUUACUUCGGUCGACCAUUAUCUUUCUGGAACCCAACUGCCAAAAAGCAAUCUCGGGAGACUGCCAUUCCGACUGGCUCGGUCUGGCUACCUGGGAUCCCCUCAUACUCCAAGUGGCGCAACAGCACAUGUGAUUGCUUGGAUAUUCUGCACUGGACCGCGAAUAGCACUGUCGCCAAAGCUGCUGGAAUGGAACAUCCUACUGUCCUUCACCUCCAUGUUGCAAGACUCGUUCUACUCGCACCAUUCCGUGAAAUACGCUCACUUGCAACCUCCUUGGCAACAGACCAGAUGCGAUGGAGCAAGCGCCACCAGGCAAUCGAAUGGCAAUAUAUCUGGCGUUGGGUCAAGCAUGACCAAUAUAAGGCCCGACUUUCAAUUAUUCACGCUGGCGUCACUCUCUGGCACGUUCGGCGAUACUCCACGAAUGCAUUUCACGAACCAGUAGCGGCAUUUCUUGCUGUGUUAACACUAUGGGCAUACGGUUCAUGCCACGCCCAUACAACCCUGGCCUCCAGCCCGAGCAUCCAAAUGUCUGGAAUAGAGCCCAUGCAAGAGCCGAGUUUUAUUCAUUUAGACAGGCCGUGCGACGAUGAGCUGGUGCAGCUUUUUGUUCGAGAAGGUCACUCCAUGCGGGGGAAUAUUACUGGGGUUGGGGAUAUCUGCGCCCCCGAGGGACCGGAGAGAAUUCUUCGUGUUGGAUGUGAGACGCUGUCUAGUCUGACUGCGUGGGGCAUCUCGAAGCAAUUUGUUGCGAUACUGACGCGUCUGGCUGAUGUGAUGGCGCGACGCCCAAGCGCUGAGCAUAAUCGCAACGAUAGUGUGGGUUCUUAA